AUGGUCAUUAUGGUCAUAAGAAUUCAAAUGGAUCAUCAUGGACUGGUUUGGUUGGUGGUCUAUUGAAUAAUAAUAUUGAUAUGGCUAUUGGUGGUGUUGCAUUGGAAUAUGAACGACAAAUGGUAAUCGGCUAUCUUUAUCCACAUUGUAUUGAUCGUUUUACAUUUGCAACAAGUAAACCAUAUAGUGGACAAUAUAUUGAACAAUUUUUACAUCCAUUCCAAUCGAUUAUAUGGAUCGGUUUGAUUGUUGUGUUUAUAUUAUUCUUUUUAUUCGAUCAAAUGGAUCAAUAUAUCAAUCGAAAACAAUCAUUAUCAUCAUCCGAAACAAUAACAUGGUUUGCUUUGCGAACAAUUUUACGACAAUCAUCGUCAUGGAAAACUAAAAUUCGUCCAGCAAAAUAUUUGAUUAUUAGUUUCUGGUUAAUACCUGCAUUCAUAUUGACAAUAUCAUAUUCAAGUAUUAUUCAAUCAGAAUUAACCGUACCGAUUGUUCAUAGAAUCAAUACAAUUGAACAAUUAAUUGAUGCUUGUCAUUCAAAACAGAUUAUGAUGUAUAGUACAACAAAAGAUUUUAAUUAUUUUCGGCGAUGGAAAUCAUUGAAAAACUGUGUAAAAACAUUGAUUGAACAACGACAAAAAGGUGUAGAAAUAUUAUUGAAUCAUUCGAUACAAGAAUCUGAUCAAUUUGUUGGAAUUUUUAUUGCCAGACAUCGUGCACGUUUUGAAUUAUUUAUAAAUGGUAUGGAUGCAUUCUAUUUACCACCAAUUAGUACUGAAUCAACAAUUUUACCAUUAUUAUUUGCUAUUUCAACUUGUCGAUCAUUAUUUUAUUAUCAUCGACAAUUUAAUCAAAUAAUAUUAAGGUUGAACGCUGCAGGCAUUAUUCAAUAUUGGUCAGAUCGUGUAUCGAUUGAAGCAAAAAUUCGUUCCUAUCGAAAAUUAAUCAAUAAUUUCAUCAUCAAUGAUAAUGAUUAUUAUCCACCAUUUAUUCUAUUAUAUGGUAAUGAAUUAUGUCGACAACAACAACAACAACAACAACAAAAAUGUCGACCGGAUGGAAUCGAAAGCAGAUUGUUAGAAAUAUUUGAAUUUUAUUUUAAUUUUACAUCCAAUCUGAAACCAUAUGCUGGACGAUAUGGACGUUUGGUUAAUGGUUCCUGGAAUGGUAUCGUACAUGGCCUAUUGAAGGGUGAUAUUGAUUUAGGUUUAGGUGGUGUAACACUUCGAAAUGAUCGAGUACAUGUGGUAAAUUAUUUGCAUCCACAUUGGGAUGAUCGUUUUAGUUUUGCAACAACACCUAUCAAAAGUGAACAUUAUAUUGAACAAUUUUUACAUCCAUUUUCGUUCAAUGUUUGGUUGGCAUUAUUAUUAUCGUUCAUAAUGUUUUAUCUUUUCGAUCGAUUAAUGUCAAUGACAAUAACAAGAAGAAAUCGUUAUCAUUGUCAUCAUAAACAUUGUGUUUGGAUUGCAUUACGUUUAUUAUUUCGACAACCAUAUCAAUGGAAGAUUGGUAUGAAAAAAGUGGCCACAUUCCAAUCACAACGAAUAAUUAUAGGAAUAUGGUUGUUAAUAACAGUGGUAUUAACAUCCAUUUAUUCUGGUUGUAUACAAUCAGAAUUAGCAGUACCGGAUUCAAAUGCUAUUGAUAGUAUCGAUAAAUUAGUUGAUGCAUGUGAAUCCAAACGUAUAACGUUGAUUAGUACGGAAAAAGAUUUUUCUUUUUUUCGCAGAUUUGUUAGAAAAGAAACAACAUCUUUAGAAAAUUGUUUUGAAGAAAUUUUGAUGCAAAAAAUUGGCAUCGAAAUAUUGGUAGAAAAAACGAUGCAAUCAAAUACUGAUGAAAAUGGUAAAUAUCGAUCACGACGACAACAACAACAAAAAAUUAUCGGUACAUUUGUAUCACGGGAACGUGCACGUUUUCUUCAACAUUGUUUCGGUACAGAAUCAUUAUAUCUACCACCAAUGAAAUAUGAAUCAACAUUUUUUCCAUUAUGGAUUGCCAUACCGACAAGUCCGAAAACAUUUUAUUAUCAAUCGGAAUUUAAUAAAGUGUAA